AUGGAAAUAGAAAAGAGCCGCCACCUUACGCCAAAGUUGCCCGAAAAAUACACCGGUACGAUCUCUGCUUUGCAUUUUACGAUGCAGAUUUUGGCAACAGUUUUAAUAACUUUGACAGCCGCAGCUGCUAAAAAUAAUGAUACCAUCACAAAAUUCCUUAGUCAGGUGAACUCAGAUGGUACCUACGGCUAUGAGGUGGAACAAUCGAGUGGUGUGGAAUAUAAAGAAGCAGGCUUUGGUGGCCAUUAUGCCAAAGGUGCCUAUCAAUAUGUUUCGCCUGAGGGUAAACGUAUUGCCGUAGUUUAUACAGCUGAUGAAACCGGUUUUCAUCCUGAAUCGGAUUCUAUACCGACACCACCACCAAUUCCUGCUUAUAUUCUUAAAGCUUUGGAAUAUAUACGUGAACAUCCUACGAUUGAGGAAUUGGCGGAUCGUAAAGUGAGAGCUAAACAAGUGUGAAAAGUUUGCUGGUUGC